UUCAUACAUAUAUUGUGUACACUUGUUAUAAAGAUGUGGAAAAUACGAAUGUGCAAUGUUUUAAUGUUUGUUUUGGAUUAUACAAUUGUGUUUGUAAAAGGAGAAACCGACCGUUUACUCGUUACUUUAUGUGAAGAUUCAGGAAGUGCAGAGGUAUCCUGUCCAGAAAACAAAACGAUAGGUUGGAAAUCAAUUGUAUAUGGCGAUUUUCCAUGUCAGAAUGCCGAAAACAGAGCAAUAUGUUACUCAAAUAUAAAUACAUUCUUCAAUGAACAUUGUCCAGGUCAAAACAACUGUACUCUUCCUAUGGAAAUUUUGUCUAAUAAUAGCUGCCAAAGGUCACCAAGACGUGUACAAGUAAACUUUGAGUGUUCAAGAAGCUGGUGGCAUAAGAAUAGACAUCCUAAACCUGUAGAGACUUGUGCAAAUUCGUUAGAUAAUGUUCAUUGUUCUUCAAAUUACCAUAUUCAUUUCAAAAAUGCUGCAAUUUAUUGCAGAAAUGCCUGUGAUGAUAAAAAAUCGGAAAACUGCGCCAAAGGUCGACUUAAAAAUAAUUGCAAUGAAAAACGCAGGUGCAUAUCUGAUAAAACAAACACCUCAUGCCUUUAUCAUAAAAGAUCUGCUAUAAUUCAGUAUGCAUGUACAGGACCAACAGAUGAUCCUGUCACAGAUAGCAUACUCAGCACAUCAACAGAAAGUACACCUAGAACAACUACUAUAAUCGCAUCUAGAAAUGUUACUUCUGAAAAUGAAGAACGGUAUGAUUUUAGCCUUGAUAAUGACCACCGAGUAGUAAUAUAUCGACAUUCAGUGAACCAAACGUAUCACUUGUGUAAUUUUGGAUGGGAUGAUAAUGAUUCUGCAGUGUUCUGUAAAUAUCUCAACCAAACCUGGAAAGGAACUUCUAGAGAUGUGGACACAUUAUUAGAUAUACCAAUAGCUCCUUAUUCACUGCAUUGUGAUGGACUUGAAGUCAGUUUGUUCCAAUGCAAUUAUACAGUGAAUGUAACCAGCUGUAAUACAAACAAAGUAGCUGGUGCUGUGUGUUGUCAAGGUACAGACCGACGAGGAAAAUGUGUAACGAAUCCCUCUUCUCAAAAGGUAUCCUCAGAAAAAUCAGGAUCAUCAACCUUAGGAAUUGCCGUUGGUUUAUCGGUGGCUGUUCUUGUAGUGAUCUGCGUCGUCGUAGUUAUUGCGUUAAUCCGCCAAAGAUACGUUAAAAAUGAUUCGAAGCAAACAUUUUCCAACAUUAGAGGUACAAAUACUGAUGAUGAAUACAUAGGUCAUCAAAAUAUAGCACUUCCUCAAUAUCCGUCACCCAAAAAAGAACCGUAUAGCCAGGGAACGAACAGCAGCAUACACACAACAAGGAACAACGACGGCCAAUAUUAUAGUCAUCCAUCGAACGACACACAAUCCCCGUAUGCACUGUCUGAGGACGGAGUAUACGAUAAAACCAAUGAAAGGAGACAUGUUGUAAACGACACAGACGAAUAUAGCCGUACAUUGGAUACCGUGUAUGAUUCUGCUGAACAAAAUACAAGAAAAGAUAGAAAAGAAGAAACUUAUGAUCAUGUUUUUGGACAGAAAACUGAGGACAAUUACGACAAAUCUUCACGACCUUAAUUGGAUGUACUUUAGCUUUUUAAAAGGUUGCUAGAAUUUCUUUUUUUUAAACUUAUUUUACAGAAAUGAAUCCUUCCAAUUUGUAUUAAACUGUUAUUAUUUAAGUCCUAUGUGCGUAGCAGUGUGGGUAAUUAAAGUUGUGUUUAAACACCAUACAUGCCGAUUACAUUAUCGAUCGCGAAUUUAAGAAUUUCUCUAUACACCAUUUUAAUGACUUUAGGGACACUAGGGACAUGUGUGGUAACUGUACUAUUCUGUAAUGGACUAACUUGUUCAUGCUGUACAUGUAUAAGAUUCAUGUUUUGAACGUUUUCCUAUGUAUAUAUUAUAUUCAUUUAUAUCAUAUUUGGCUCCGUGACAAUUUCACAUAUCUUGCUGAAAAUUAUUAUGUUCUAUAAUAGCAUUAGUUUAUUUCUAAUUUUUGCUUAAUUUGCAUAAGUGUCCUUACAAACAACGGUAUAUUGCUGGGUCUUCCAAGUGCUCCACGAAACCCAUUUCUAAUCUAUUAACAUAUAUUUUAUCAGCAAUCAAAGACGGGCUUCAAAGUUAUUGUGAAUCUGCCUUUUCUAGAGGUGGCGUGAAUCAGAUGUGGAUACUUAAAAAUUCCAAAUAUCUUUUAGAGCUACAAUCUAAAUCUCUUUUUUGUAAUAGUAUUAAAACAGUUCACUGUUUUACACUUUAUAAAAGUAUUCCACAUUCCAAACUUAAAGACAAAUUGAGAGUUGGUAUUGAUUGUUUCAUAAAAAAAGAAUGGCCAGCUAAGAUAGAAGUAUCUUGUUUUAGGAAGGGAUAAAUCCUACUUUGAAAAGGAUCACUCUGAUUAAAACAAAAAUUUCUCUGAAACUGACAUUAUCAAGAUGCUUGAUUUCUUGAUUGACAACAUAUUUGUUACGUUCGAAGGACGUGUUUUUUCAACAUACUUUUGGAAUUCCAUUGGGAACGAAUUGUGCCCCUCUUCUUGCUGGCUUGUUUCUUUAUUUUUAUGAGGCUGACCAUAUACAGAAACUUCAUAGGAAGAAAGAUAAGAAGUUAGCAAUAUCCUUUUACUCUACUUUCCGCUAUGUAUAUGCUGUUCUUUCACUAAAUAAUUCAUAAUUUGGUGACUUUGUCAAACGCAUCUAUCCCAUUGAACUAGAGAUAAAGGAUACAACAGAUAUGGUUAAGUCGCUCUCAUAUCUUGACUUACAUCUACAAAUUGACAAUAAGGAUUGAUUGAAAACAAAACUUUACGACAACAGAGAUGAUUUCAGCUUUCUUUACGACAACAGGGAUGAUUUCAGCUUUCCAAUUAUUAACUUUCUAUUUCUUAGUAGCAAUAUUCUAGCAGCACCUGCAUACGGUGUAUAUAUCUCCCAAUUGAUACGAUAUUCGCGUGCUUGCAUUUCCUGUCAUGAUUUUCUUAAUAGAGGAUUAUUGCUUACAAAGAAGAUAUCAAAUCAAGAGUUCCAAAUGGUGAAGUUGAAAUAAUCUUUUCGUAAAUUUUACGGACGCCAUCACGAGUUGGUUGACCGUUAUGGCAUAACCGUUCCACAAAUGAUAUUGGAUAUGUUCCUUACGUCGUAGCUACACUCCCCUUUUGUUUUCAUGAGUCUGACCUGCUGAAUUAGACUUUUUAACGGACUUGUUAUCUCAUAAACAACAAGACGGUUGCGACAUGUGGAGCAGGAUCUGCUUACCCUUCCGCAGCACCUGAGAUAACCCCUUGUUUUUGGUUGGGUUCGUGUUGUUUAUUCCUUAGUUUCUAUGUUGUGUAAUGUGUACUAUUGUUUGUCCGUUUGUCCUUUUCAUUUUUAGCCAUGGCGUUGUCAGUAUAUUUUCGAUUUAUGAGUUCGACUGUCCCACUGGUAUCUUUCGUCCUUCUUUGAAAUUUUAGCUACUAACAUUUUCAAACUUGAAAUGUCUGUAUCCAUGAUGAGUUAUGUACAUGAUGUAUGCAAUAUGUACCAGUGGGAUUUCCAGUGACACUAGAACAAUAGAAAAGUCACUCUUCUUAUGAAAGAGAUAGAAAAGGUCUAAAAACAGGAGAGACAAUUUACGCAUAAAACCCGAUAUGCAUAGGGAUGAAUAUCUCUUAAAACACAAAACCAUUAUAUAAUUUUUA